CGGGAUGUCCUCAGAACAGAGCCAUCUUGCCCCUUGGACAGCAGGGGCCCUGUCUUUGAGCCCCUUUCUGCAGGCUGGGUUUGAUAGCCCCUCGGCCUGAUCUCCAUUCCAAUCUCUGCUCCAGAAUCUCUCCCCUGACUUUCUGACAUUGGCCCCAAGUCCUCCUUCACCUGGUUGAACUCCUGACCUUCUGGGCUCCUGAGAAUCUGGCUACACCUGAAAUUCCAGGUUUAGGAUGUUGUGUCCAAUGCUCGGCUCUCUGUUGGGAGUUGGAUUCCCCACCAACAGUGCAGAGGAUUGUGCAAGUGCCGGCCUGAUCAUGUGUCUGCAGUUUCUAGAAGAUGGAGCACCACCGCAAGUUCUCUCUUUAGAGAACUCUCGUGGCUCUGGGCAGGGAGGUAUUACUUAAAAUCUUAUUCACAGUAACUAUGAAAUCUUGCCCAUUACACCUACUUCCUCUUUUAGUUCUAUUCACGCCUGGCAAGUGGCUGGAGGAGGAAGUGUGAGAGUGACUGUGAGUGAAAGCAGAAGGCUGGAGGAUGAAGGAGCCGAGCCCGUAGUUUGGUCUUGCUGAGGGGCUCCACCAAGGGGGACCCGUGCGAGGAUGAAAAUGUACCUGCUGCUGCUCUUUCCCCUCCUCUUUUGGGUUCCAGGCUCAUCAGUUGACAUCUCAGGUCCAGAAGCAGUGAGAGGUCUGGAGCGGGGAUUGCUGACUGUGCAGUGUCACUAUGACCCAGGGUGGAAGGCAUACCUGAAGUGGUGGUGUCGAGGGGCUGUUUGGAGCAGUUGCAAGAUCCUUGUUCAAACCAAUGGAUCAGCGUUUGGGGUGAAGGAGCGUGUGUCCAUCUGGGACGAUCAGACAAACCACACGUUCACUGUGACCAUGACGGAGCUCAGGCCAGAAGAUACAGACACUUACUGGUGUGGGAUUAAGAGAACUGGAACUGACCCUGGGUUCCCUGUUAGAGUGACCGUUGACCCAGUGCCGACCCCCACCCCCAACAUCACCUCCACUGCCAACGCGCUCACAGUACCAGACACCCCAGAAGACACGACAGGCUUCCUGAAUGGGACCAGCCACCACUCUGAUGGCAGUGGCGUCUCCCUGAAGCUCUCCAUCCUCCUGCCCAUCCUCAUUGCUCUGGUGUUGCUUCUCUUGGUGGCAGCCUCACUGUUGGUGUGGAGAGUGAUGAAGCGACAGAAGGAAGCUGCUGGGAUACCUCCAGAGCAGGUGCUGCAGCCCCCGGAGGACAACAUCUGCUAUGCCAACCUGAACCUGAAGCAGACAGGAGACUCGCCCAGCUCCCCCAGGAAGAGGGCCCUCACCCAGCCCUCCUCCCCUGCCCAGGACGACUCGGGGGAGGUGGAUUACAUCAGCAUGGCCCCCAUUUCGGGGACAGAUAUUUCCUACGCGGCUCUGACUCUGAACACCUCAGAACAGGAAUCAAUCUACAUCAACACGCAUGACCUCGUCACCCCCCUUUCCAGCAGGAGCCAGGAGGAGCUCAUCGAAUACAGCGCCAUCAGGAAGCCUUAGCUGUGCCGAGGGCCCCCUGACCGACCCCACAGGAGGCCCGUCAGCACAUUCCUGCCUCGUCUGCUUUCUGCCCCCAGGCCUCUCAUCACCGCAGACCGGAACUGGGCUCCAAGCCUGGUCUCAGGGGGCUUCUGGGAGCUAGAAAGGGGUCUCCCCAUAUCCCUUCCUCUCCCAGAAGCUAGGGCUACGGUCUGUGGCAGCUGAG